AUGGUGAGAACAAAAUCGGUGCAGAUGAUGGCCGACCAUCUGCAGCGAUUGACCCUCGAAGAGAACAGCAAUCCCUCUGCCGCGGUCCAUUUUGAGCUCUUGCAGACCCUCGACCAACUGAGACUGGCGGUUGAGACCCCCGAGGAGACUAUUCUGCGCCUGAUCUAUCAACCCCCGCAAAAUGCUGCUCUUCGCACGGUGAUGGACCUUGGUAUCUUCCAGAUCUUGACAGACAAGGCCCAUCGCAUGCAAGGCGUAUCGGCCCUUCAGAUUGCAGAGUACACCGCUGCUGACGAGGCGUUGAUUGUGCGACUAAUGCGCCUCAUGGCAUCCCUGGGACUGUGCACCACGGUUGCACCUGGCGUCUUCCGGGCAAAUGAAAAGACCGCUGCACUAACCAGGUCCAUUGCCAAAGACGGCAUACCUUGCAUAUACGAUUUGACCAUUCCGACACUGAGUAGGCUCCCCGAAUAUCUUCGAUCUCAUCUCUACCGCAAUCCCGAAGACUAUGCACACUCCCCGAUGCGAUGGGCAGUGGGUCAAAGCCAGUUUGAAUGGCUGGCUACCCAUCGAGACCAGCAGGCACGGUUCAACUCGUACAUGGCCAGUCGCAGACAGGGCAGACCUAUGUGGUUCGACACAUACCCAGUGUCGCGGUUACUGAACGCCAAGCAGCCCUUGGAUAAGUCGGUCUUGGUUGUGGACAUUGGAGGUAAUCAGGGCCACGACCUCGCCCAGUUUCGAAAGGCCUAUCCGCAUUUACGUGGUCGGUUGGUCCUUCAAGAUCUCCCGGACGUGAUCAAACAGACGCGGUGCUCUGAAUCGAGCAUUGAAGUGGUGUCAUACAGCUUCUUGGAUAAACAGCCUGUUCGAGGAGCUCGAGCAUACUACUUCCGUGCGAUCUUUCACGAUUGGCCCGAUCAUAUCUGCCAGCAGAUCUUGCGAAACACGAUGGCUGCCAUGAUUCCUGGCGAGUCCCGGAUUCUUAUCGUUGACUGUGUACUUCCGGAUAUUGAUACACCUCUUCUUCAGGCGUCGCUGGACAUUCAGAUGAUGAGCAUCGGGGCAGGUAUUGAACGGUCAGAAGGUCAGUGGAGGAGAUUGCUUCAGACUGUGGGGCUGGAGAUUACUGGCAUCUGGAAUCAUAGUCCGGGAAUGGAGUCGGUGAUUGAGGCUAUGCAUAUCGGGUCUCAGUCUGGUUGA